GAGUGGGCGUAUUUCUUGAAUUGCAUUUCGAAAAAGCUACGGACUGUUUAACGAAAAUAUAAUCCUUGUCGUUAUUUCUUUGGAACAAAUCUGCAUGCGCCACUUGUUAUGCUUACGACCAAUAGGAUUUAACUAAAUAGUUUACGUUUAAACUUUAACACUAAGGUAGCUGGAUGCAGUUCAUACAUACAGUUUAUGGUCUUGUUUAUUAGCCGACGCUCUCAGAAGUUCAACGAAUGCCAUGCGGAUUCCCAUCGAAAAGUAUUGUUUUACAGAGGGAAAUCAGAGAGUGGCUCCUCUGACACUGGAAGUAAAGUAUCUCUCCGUGUAAUACUUAUAUGCUAUUUUUCAUUUCAAUCUACUUCAUGGAGGAAUGUGCAUGCUCUGUUCCAUAAUCGAUUGACGUGGGGACCUCCGGGGGCUGGCAGAGAAAACCUGGAUGACUGGAGAGUUGGCACUACGCUGAGCCUCGCAGUACAGUAAACAUAGACUCAUGCUUUUGUUUAUAGAGUUUCACCUGAACAACGUUUUGGAUGCACAUUUCAACAAUGUUGCGACUGGCCUGUAAACAAAUAAAGCGGGCGUGCGGUAGGCCCAACUUCUGUUUCCGAAAACUCAAGUAGUCCUGGAUACAUUGAAUAGGAUUUUUGUCAAAAGAAUAACCAGCGCCAGGUGAACGUUCACAAAGUAACUGUUCCGGCACCCGAAUUGCUGCACUCUUUUGUUUUAAGUUUGUUAUAGUAGGGCCUAGAUGGAGUUUUGGCUAACUCAUUUUAGUGUUGUCAUUUUAUUAUUUUUAGGCCUAAUUACUAUCAACAAAAUAAUACAUGUUUUAAAUUUGUGAGUUGCUGUUAAAAUGGUAGAAAAUCGGUGCUCCGUUCAAAGGGAAGGGGUCUACCACUGGUUCUCGAUAUUGAACUCGGCCCAGAGAGCUGAGUUCCUUUGUGGGCUUUUGGACCUCUGUGUUCCAAUCGAACUACGCUUCCUCGGGUCAUGCUUGGAAGACUUAGCCCGCAAGGACUAUCACUCCCUCAGGGACGCCGAGAUCAAAGCCAACAACCCUGCUGACCUCUCGAACCUUACCAACAUCACGGACGACGUCGUGAGGAGCAAGCUGCUCAUCUCCCUCGCACUUCUCAACUCGGACAACCGAGAUGCGGCGGGUGUUCUCUUCCGAACGCUCACGCACAUCGACAGCGUCAUCAACAACUAUGGCCUGCAGCUCAACGAUGGACGAACGGGGGAGCAGUUCCUUCUCCUCUUCACCAUGGCAUCCAAUCAUCCGGCGUUCAGCUUUCACCAGAAACAGGUGCUAAGACAGGAGCUGACCCAGAUCCAGGAGAUCCUGCAGGUCACCUGUGGAGAGCAGCAGGCCGGGACUGGAGGCUGCGUCGGGACUGGCGCGCUGGCCACCCUGUCUCCCGCCACUAGCAUCCCUACCUACAUCACUGCGCCCACCCUCAACUCCAGUCAGGCUGGGUGUCCAUGUUGUCAUAAGACACCGCACCGAGAGGACGGGGCAGGGCGAGUGGACGAGGGGAUUGGUCAAGAACCCAUGCCUCACAUGACAUCUCUCUCAUGCAAGGAGCUGCCAGUCAAGGUGCAUGUUGGGAAACCGAGCAAAGUGAACAUAGAGAGGAUAGAGCUGAGUGGAGUGACUCACAAAGGGGAGAAACCAAGUGAAUAUAUGCUAGAGGUCACAUGGUCAGACUCUUCUGUUUCCACUGUGAGCAGGACUCACCAGGAGGUGCUGAACUUUCUCUCCCAGGUCUCCCAGCUUUUCCCUGACGAAGGUCUAGAGAAGUUUCUGCUUCAGUCCCUUGGCCUUGAUCAGGCCCCUGAGCUGGACCCCAGGUGCCUGACAGUGCUUCCAGCCCACAUUCUCAAACACUACCAAGCCGAACUCUUCUUCAGCACUGCCACCACCGCCCUCUCCCCCCCCUCCACUGCAAGUCUUGGGUGCUUGUUUCAAUACAGAGGAGCCAACAGGGCUUUAUGUGGUGUAGCCAGUAUCCAGACAGUCAUGAGCGUUCACAACUCCAUUCAGACUCGCUCUCCUACCCAGCUGCCCCCCCAGGGCACUGUGCCCAUCCUUCCCCCCGGUGGGGUGGGGGUAGCAGGGGGGGACAACGCACUCCCUCCCGGCCACCUCCAGAACCCUGGUCCUCCACUGCAGAGCAUCCCAGAACAGAACGGCAUCCUGGACUGGCUGAGGAAACUCCGCCUGCACAAGUACUACCCAGUGUUCAAGCAGUUGACCAUGGAGGAGUUCCUUGGACUCACAGAGGAGGAUCUGAACAAGUAUGACCUCACCCAGGGAGCCAAGAAGAAGUCUCAGAGCAACCGAUCUUCGUUCAGCGUUCGGCUAACUGCAGAGAUGUGA